AUCACAUGAUCGGGCGAUGGCGGCUUACAUCAAACAUUGUCCUGUUGUUGUUCUUAUUUGUUGUGCAUGUGUUGUCAACUGUAUACUUAUAAAGACGAACAACAUUCAGAAGGAGGUUUUUAGAUCAUACAAAGGGGACUAUAACUACAAAACAAAGUACUUCACGCAAAAGGUUGAUCAUUUUGGUUUUGUAAACAAAGACACAUACCAGCAAAGAUACCUUAUAGCAGACCAAUUUUGGGACAAAAAUGGAGGACCAAUUUUCUUCUACACAGGGAAUGAGGGGGACAUUACAUUGUUCUGCAAUAAUACAGGUUUUAUGUGGGACAUUGCACCAGAAUUUAAAGCCAUUAUCAUAUUUGCUGAGCACAGAUAUUAUGGUACAUCUAUUCCUUAUGGACCAUCUGCUUUUAAGGACCCAGCCAAAAUGAACUAUCUGACUUCAGAGCAGGCCCUGGCAGAUUAUGCUGUUCUCAUCCAGCACCUUAAGUCUACCAUACCAGGGUCCGCAAACAGCAAAGUGAUAGCAUUCGGAGGAUCCUAUGGGGGGAUGCUAGCAGCAUGGUUUAGAAUGAAGUAUCCUAAUGUUGUUCAAGGGUCUAUAGCUGCCUCAGCCCCUAUUUGGACCUUCUUGGCAGAUGCUGAUUGUGACGCCUUUGAUUACACGGUCACUGAAACCUUCAGGAAAUCUUCUCAAGCUUGUGUAGACAAUUUCAGAGCUUUAUGGAAAACACUGGACACCUCAGCUUCACAAACUGCUGGUCUCUCCAAACUAACAGAGAUGUUUCACCUGUGUAGACCUCUGAAGAGUGUGGAUGAAGUGGGGGCUCUGAAGGGUUGGAUUCAGUCCGCCCUUGUAUAUCUGGCCAUGGUGGAUAUCCCUCCGCCCUCCAGCUUUCUGGCUCCCCUACCAGCAUGGCCUGUCACGGCAGCCUGCCAUCCUAUGUCUACUCCACUGAGUGGGGACAAUUUGAUCCGGGGUGCAGUGAAAGCUAUGAAUGUUUACUUUAACUAUACAGGGACCACACCUUGUUUUGAUAUCACAGGUCAAGCCACUCCUAAUCUCGGAACCUCAGGGUGGGACUACCAGUCCUGCACAGAAAUGGUGGCCCCAAGUUGCUCUAAUGGUAAGACGGACAUGUUUGAGAAAUCUGCCUGGGACUUCAAUGCGUACACCAAGGGUUGUCUCAAAAACUGGAAAGUAAAGCCAGACAUUAACUGGUUGGAAACACAAUACUGGGGCAGAAACUUGUCUUCUACAUCCAAUAUCAUAUUUAGCAAUGGUCUGUUGGAUCCCUGGUCCUCCGGAGGAGUUCUAAAAUCUCAGUCUGAAUCUGUUGUUGCCAUAGUGAUCCCUAACGGAGCUCAUCAUCUCGAUCUGCGAGGUUCAAAUAAAGCUGACACUCCAGACGUUAUCUCGUUGUAUCUUUUAUAGUUUUGGACAUAUGCUCUAACCUGCACUUUGGGCUGGGUUGAUUCCUAUUCCAUCGUUCGUAAUAAUUGCACUGGUAGCAGGGGGACCCUCGCUUUUGAAACAAAGAAAUUAUCUCAACCUCUCAAACAAGACAUUUUAACACUGAAGGAGCCCGUGAGAGAAUCUAGUGAAACCAGAAUAAGACAUGCGGAUGAAGAGGAGGAUGAAUUUGACAUAAAAUGUGGCGAUCUCCCCACUGUCCACUGUGGUCACUACACGGGCACGGGCCACGAGAUGGGACAAACAUGGCACUUACAAUGUGACCCCGGAUGUCACUUAGUGGGAUCAGGGGAAGUAACCUGUCUGGGUGUUCCGGACCCCUUUCACCACGUGGCAAUAUGGGAUCAUAUGCAAGGAAUGUCAAAAUGCGAAAAAAAUCCAAUUGACACAAGAGGAGAUCCCCAGUAUCUGGUGAGCUCUGGAGGCGUCAAGGAAACACCAGCGUUGGAAACAGAAUCAGAAGACAGUGUCUGCUUACAACCGAAGAAAACGGGUCCCUGCAAGGCAAGAAUGGAACGAUAUUACUACAAUAACAAAAACAAGCAGUGCGAAAAGUUCAUCUAUGGCGGAUGUCAGCGAAAUGACAACAAUUUCAAAACUUUGGAGGAGUGCGAAGAUAAAUGUAAAAACUGAAAACUGCGAUCUGGAUUAUUAAAAAUGUUCUCUCUCACUGUAUCUUUUCAUUUGAAAAUUGCAGCAUUUUGAACUUUUGAAGAAAAAAAUCCCUUAAAUGGGGUGAGGAUUUUCAUUUGUCGAGGGAGAAACAUUUCAACAAACAUUCUGAUAAAAUGUGAUAUUUCCCUUUAAUUCCUUAACAUAAAAAAAGCUUAAUUUUGAACUUUUUGUUUUCUAUUUUAAAAAAUACAUACCUAUUUAUCUUAUCACAAAAAGUGUAUAAGACUGAGGCAAUCCUAGCAAUGCAUUAUUUUUAAAUUGUUAUUUGAACUAGAACUUUCUACAAAAUUACAAAUACUAGUAUCAAGGAGGUAAUUUAUGUCAAUUUGGAAGUAAUUUUUCGUAUAUUGUAUGGACUUUUUCAUUCCGCAAAUGUAGAAGUUGUUCGACAUUCACGCAAGCGCACGACCUCUUUCCUGGCAUUUCCUGUUGUCUUCUUGCACCUUUUUAGCGGACGACAACACACAGCGAAUAGUCAGUAAAUGACUUCCACUGUGUGGACUUAUUUUAUUGUUUCAUAGUUUAUGUUGUUGAAGACUUUGUUAUGUAACUUAUAAAAUAAAUAUUGACACCUAA